UUAUUUUUUUAUAUAUAUAUUUUUUACGAUAGCCAAUGUUGACAUUGUGGCUGUAGUAACUAUUGAUAAGGCAACUAGUCAGCCAUGUUCUUUUAUAGUUAAAUGAUAAUGGUCAGCCACCUCGGUAGCUUGCUAGCUGAAACAUUGAAGCUCUUUAGACUCGUUAGUGUAUAUUAUCCACUGUGUUUUAAACUCACUUAUGUCGUCUAGCUAGUUAUCCCAUUAAAUUUAAUAUUUACAUUGUUGUUAUUAGUCAGCGAACGUAGCUGUCUGGUUAAGUUCACUAGCCUAGAUAGCUAACUGUUAGCUAACAUCCCCGACCAUGAGUUCACUGAGCUACUCUCCUCCUGAUAAAGAAGAGGAGGUCUGCUGGACGGAGAAAGAGGGUCUGUGGCUGAACGUUGUUGUGAAAGAGGAGAAGGAAGAGGAGGAUGUCACUGAAACAAAAUUAGAGGAUGAGGAUGUUGCAGUGAAAGAAGAGAAAGAGGAGGCUCCCGUUUUUGGAGUGAAGGAGGAGGGAGAGAUAACUGUCGUAUUAGAAGAAGAAGAGGAGGAUACUGGACAUCUGAUUAACCCCAGCGAGAGACCAGACUCUCACUCUGACCGUGGAAAUGGUCCUUCAGGGGAACGAGACCCAGAGACGCCCAAACCAGCGAGACCACACCACUGCUCCCAGUGUAAUAAGAGUUUUAAGUGGUUAUGUAAGCUGAAAAAGCACGAGAAAAUACACACAGGAGAGAAGCCUUUCCAAUGCUCCCAGUGUGGAAAGAGUUUUACCCAGUUAGGGACCCUGAAAAGGCAUGAGAGAAUACACACAGGAGAGAAGCCUUUCCAAUGCUCCCAGUGUGGAAAGGGUUUUACACGAUUAGGGAACCUGAAAAAGCAUGAGGGAACCCACACAGGAGAGAACCCCUUACAAUGCUCUCAGUGUGGAAAACGUUUUACCAAGUUAGGGAACCUGAAGGAGCAUGAAAGGACACACACAGGGGAGAACUCUUACCGUUGCUCUCAGUGUGGAAAGGAUUUUACCAAGUUAGGGAGCCUAAAAGUACAUAAAAGAAUACACACGGGAGAGAAACCUUUCCAGUGUUCUCAGUGUGGAAAAGGUUUUACACGGUUAGGGCAUCUGAAGGAACAUAAAAGAAUACACACAGGAGAGAAACCUUUCCAAUGCUCCCAGUGUGGAAAGGGUUUUACCUUGUUAGGGAACCUGAAUAUGCAUGAAAAAACACACACGGGAGAAAAGCCUUACCAAUGCUCCCAGUGUGGAAAGAGCUUUACACAGUUAGGGAACCUGAAGGAGCAUGAAAAGACACAUACAGGGGAGACAUCUUACCAUUGCGCUCUGUGCGGAAAGGAUUUUACACGGUUAGGGAACCUGAAAAGGCAUGAGAGAAUACACGCGCUCUUUCCAACGCGCCCAGUGAGGAGCAGGACUUGGAACCGGUUCAGGGAACAGAACCUAAACCCUGAAAAGAGCAAAACAUUUGAGGAACAGAAACAGAACCGAGAUUGGAAGCUCAACAUGUGUGUUGGUCUGAUGUGUACCAGGAAGUGGAAGUUCAACAUGUGUGUUGGUCUGAUGUGUAACAGGAAGUGGAAGUUCAACAUGUGUGUUGGUCUGAUGUGUACCAGGAAGUGGAAGUUCAACAUGUGUGUUGGUCUGAUGUGUACCAGGAAGUGGAAGUUCAACAUGUGUGUUGGUCUGAUGUGUAACAGGAAGUGGAAGUUCAACAUGUGUGUUGGUCUGAUGUGUACCAGGAAGUGGAAGUUCAACAUGUGUGUUGGUCUGAUGUGUACCAGGAAGUGGAAGUUCAACAUGUGUGUUGGUCUGAUGUGUAUCAGGAAGUGGAAGUUCAACAUGUGUGUUGGUCUGAUGUGUAUCAGGAAGUGGAAGUUCAACAUGUGUGUUGGUCUGAUGUGUAUCAGGAAGUGGAAGUUCAACAUGUGUGUUGGUCUGAUGUGUAUCAGGAAGUGGAAGUUCAACAUGUGUGUUGGUCUGAUGUGUAUCAGGAAGUGGAAGUUCAACAUGUGUGUUGGUCUGAUGUGUACCAGGAAGUGGAAGUUCAACAUGUGUGUUGGUCUGAUGUGUAUCAGGAAGUGGAAGUUCAACAUGUGUGUUGGUCUGAUGUGUAUCAGGAAGUGGAAGUUCAACAUGUGUAAAGAAGCUCUCGUGAAAGAGGAGGAGGAAGAGAAGGAUGGUACAAUACAAAAACAAGUAGAGGGUGAGGCUGUUACUGUUAAAGAAGAAGAGAACGGCGUUUCAGUGAAAGAAGAGGAAGACUCGUUCAGAGUGAAAGAGGAGGAGGAUGUUACAGUAAAAGAAGAGGAGGAAGAGAAAGAGGAUGCAGUUUUUGGAGUGAAAGAGGAGGAGGAGGAGAUGGCUGUCACACUGAAAAAGGAGGAAGAAGAAGAGGAGGAAACUGGAUAUCUGGGCCCGGUUUCCCAAAGCCAUCUUAAGGCAUCCAAUAGUUCUAAUGAUGAACUUAGUCAUAAGAUGCUUUUGGAAAACCGGGCCCUGAUUAACACUAAAGAGAGACGAGACUACCGUGGGUCCUCUGGGGAGCCUCAACGACCUCAUGAUGCUGACGAAGCAGAGAAGAGUCUCUCCACAUCAGAACGUCUGAUAAAACACCAGCAGAGACUCACAGGGAAGAGAACUCACCACUGCUCUGACUGUGGGAAGAGUUACUCAAGAUCUGAUUCACUACAACUUCACCAGAGAAUUCACACUGGAGACAAUUCUCACUGCUGCUCUGACUGUGGGAAGAGAUUCACCUCUUCAGCAGACCUUAAAAAACAUUUGAGAAUCCACACAGGAGAGAAACCUUAUAGUUGUGAUCAAUGUGGGAAGAGUUUUACUAGAUCAAGUAAUCUGAAAGCACACCAGAGAACACACACCGCAGAGAAACCCCAUAGCUGUGAUCAAUGUGGGAAGAGUUUUUCUUCGUCUAGCCAUCUGACUACACACCAGAGAACACACACAGGAGAGAAACCUCAUCACUGCUUUGACUGUGGAAAGAGUUACUCAAGAUCAGAUUCACUGAAAGUGCACCAGAGAAUUCACACUGGGGAAAAACCUUAUAGCUGUUUUCAAUGUGGGAAGAGUUGUAAUAACACAAACAGCCUGAAAACACACCAGAGAAUUCACACUGGAGAAAAACCUUAUAACUGUGAUCAGUGUGGGAAGAGUUUUAAUGAUACAAGCAGCCUGAAAACACACCAGAGAAUUCACACUGGAGAUAAACCUUAUAGCUGCUCUGACUGUGGGAAGAGCUUUUCAAAAUCAUCUACAUUGCAAUCACACCAGAGAAUUCACACUGGAGAGAAACCUUAUGGCUGCUCUGACUGUGGGAAGACCUUUUCAAAAUUAUAUACAUUACAAUCACACCAGAGAAUACACACAGGAGAGAAACCUUACAGCUGUGAUCAAUGUGGAAAGAGUUUUGUUACGUCUAGCCAUCUGACUAUACACCAGAGAACACACACAGGAGAGAAACCUCAUAGCUGUGAUCAAUGUGGGAAGAGAUACUCUGAUAAAAGAGCUCUGAUUAGACAUCAGAAAGUACAUACAUGAAGGAGUUGUUUCAUGAUAUCAAUGAAAUAAUGUCACAAUGUAGAAUAUUUUAACAUUGUAGUAGGAGUAUUUUAAUGAUGUCACAAUGUAGAAUAUUUUAACAUUGUAGUAGGAGUAGGAGAAUUCUAAUGAUGUCACAAUGUAGAAGCCUAAAUGUUUGUCCCCUGAUCUAUUGAUUUCAGCAUGAUAUGGAUAUUAGCCUCAUCAGGGGAAAAAUCCAGGUUUUGAAAGAGUCCUAUUUAUGUAAUUUAACAAAAAAA